AUGGGUGACCUUGAAUUUGGCAGUGGCGAAGGAAAGGAGAUGAGCAUGGAGGACAGGUGGUGUGGGUCCUGGUAUGAGCGGUUUGUGCAGCCCUGUCUGGUUGAACUGCUGGGCUCUGCCCUCUUCAUCUUCAUUGGGUGCCUGUCAGUCAUCGAGAACAAGCCAGAAACCGGGCUGCUGCAGCCGGCCCUGGCCCAUGGGCUGGCCCUGGGACUCAUCAUUGCCAUGCUGGGGAAUAUCAGCGGUGGACACUUUAACCCUGCCGUGUCCCUGGAGGCCAUGCUGAUUAGAGGCCUUAACCUGAUGAUGCUCCUUCCCUACUGGAUCUCCCAGCUGUGUGGAGGGCUGAUUGGGGCCACCCUGGCCAAGGUGGUGAGUCCAGAAGAGAGAUUCUGGAAUGCAUCUGGGGCAGCCUUUGUGACAGUUCAGGAGCCAGGGCAGGUGGCGGGGGUAGUGGUGGCAGAGAUUGUCCUGACUGUACUGCUGGCACUGGCUGUCUGCAUGGGCUGCAUCAACAAGAAGACACAGGGCCCCCUGGCCCCAUUCUCCAUUGGCUUCUCCGUCACUGUGGAUAUUUUGGCAGGGGGUGCUAUAUCUGGAACCUGCAUGAAUCCUGCCCGUGCCUUUGGACCUGCUGUGGUGGCCAACCACUGGGACUUCCACUGGAUCUACUGGCUGGGCCCACUCCUGGCCAGCCUGCUUGUGGGAGUGUUCAUCAGGUUCUUUAUUGGAGAUGGGAAAACUCGCCUCAUCCUAAAGGGAUGCUAA